UCCAUUUUAGCUGCCUGUUCACCACCACAUGAUCCCCUACUUUGGCAAAGCUUUAUAAUAAGUUUGCUAGUAGCUAGUCUAACAGUGUUGCUCUAGUGUCUCCUUUAGCUGUGUAUCACUCAGAAUUCAGUGAGACCAUGGACAUGCCGAUGAUGAAUACUGACAUGCCCAUGAAUAAUGACAUGAUGAUGAACUCCAAUGGAUCCAUGCCUAUGGACAUGGACAUGGGGAUGGGAAUGGGAAUGCAUAUGAUGAUGCAGAUGACAUUCCACUUCAGUCACACUGUGCCCAUGGGUCUGCUCUUUCGCUCCUGGACUAUACAAUCAGUGGGAGAUUUGGUUGGAGCAGUGGUGGCUUGGUUCAUUCUAGCUAUCUUCUACGAGGGUCUGAAAACACUUCGUGAGUACUUGUUCUAUCUGGACAAGCAGCAGUGGAAGAAGUUUAAUGCCUGCAAAUGUGAGCCUGUGGCCUACGACAAGAGUAUAGAGGCUGUUAGCAGUGUGGACACUAAGGUCGAGGAGGCUAGUAAAGGACAAUCCAAGCUCAAGUAUUACACUGUGAGUUUCUCAAUGCACCUCCUCCAGUCUGUCCUCCACGUGGUGCAAGUUGGCUAUGGAUACCUUCUCAUGCUGGUCACAAUGACAUACAAUGGAUGGCUGUUCCUGGCUGUGAUCUUUGGUGCUGGUGUUGGCUACCUCGUUUUCGCUAAGGGCCGUAACUUCAUGGGAAACCCGAGGGAACAGAAUGAGUGCUGUCAUGUAAUAUUUAGCCUCUUAGGGUACUUUUCAGGCCCUGUAUUGAUCAUGGAUACGAUGGAUCAUAAUGAUUCAAUGCAUAUGGCGAUGACGUUUCACUUCAGUCACACUGUGCCCAUGGGUCUGCUGUUCAGCUCCUGGACUGUACAAUCAGUGGGAGACAUGGUAGGAGCUGUGGUGGUUUGGUUCAUAUUGGCCAUACUUUAUGAGGGGGUUAAGACACUCCGAGAGUACCUCAUCUAUCUGGAUAUGAAGCAUUGGAAAAAAUACAAUCGUGGUCAUGGUAGGAGCUGUAGGGGUACCAGCAUCGUUAACUCGACCGACAAGUCGGCUCUGAUAGUCAGUGAGAACUGUGAUGGUGGAUCAGCCAAUAAAGGGUUGAAGUACUACACUGUCAGCAUUUCAAUGCACAUUGUGCAGUCAUUUCUCCAUGUGUUUCAAGUUGGCUAUGGCUACCUUCUCAUGUUAGUGGUGAUGACAUUUAAUGGAUGGCUGUUUCUGGCUGUGAUCUUUGGUGCUGGGAUUGGCUACUUUGUCUUUGCUAAGAGUAGGCAUCUCAUGGGAAACUUUAGGGAACAGAACGAACAUUGUCAUUAAUUAAUGGCAUCCUUUUAUUGAUACCGCCUCUACUUGUUGUCAAGUUUUUUGUUCAACCAGGAGUAGAUCUUGUCUACUCUUGCCAUAAUUAAUUUUGUAUGGAUCAGUAUUUCACAUGUAUUGUUAGAGUUUCAAA